AUGACAGGCAUCGCCGCUGCUUCUUUCUUUUCCAACGCUUGCAGGUUCGGGGGCUGCGGACUUCACUUCGACUCUCUGGCCGAGCUAAUCGUGCACAUCGAGGAUAACCACAUCGACACAGACCCCCGACUUCUGGAGAAGCAGGAGCAGCAGCAGCCGACAUAUGUUGCCCUCAGCUACAUCAACAGGUUCAUGACAGAUGCUGCGCGGCGAGAACACGAGACCCUAAAGAAGAAGGUGCAGCCCAAGUUGUCUCUGUCUCUGACAGGCAGUCUGUCUCGCAGCAGUGUUUCCACUCCGCCUCGCCACACCAGUGGAAACCUCACACCUCCAGUCACCCCCCCGAUUACCCCUUCCUCUUCCUUCCGCAGCAGUACGCCUACUGGUAGCGAGUGUGAUGAGGAGGAGGUCGACUUUGAGGAGUCUGACAGUGAUGAGUCGUGGACCACAGAGAGCGCAAUCAGCUCCGAGUCCAUCCUCAGUUCUAUGUGCAUGAACGGUGGAGACGAGAAGCCUUUUGCUUGCCCCGUGCCAGGCUGUAAAAAGAGAUACAAGAAUGUAAACGGGAUCAAGUAUCAUGCCAAGAACGGCCACCGAACCCAGAUAAGGGUGCGCAAACCCUUCAAGUGCCGGUGUGGGAAGAGCUACAAAACGUCUCAGGGUCUCCGCCACCACACCAUCAACUUCCACCCACCCAUCUCUACUGACAUCAUCCGCAAGAUGCAGCAGUAGAGACCGAGUGAGCGACCAGCAUUCUCCCUCAGGCCACUUCCCAACCAUCUGAACACCACCAUCACCAGCAAUGGCUGUUUCUC